AUGGCAGCCUUGCCCUCCAGUGGCUCACUGACGGCCACCCACCACUGCUGCCGGCGCCGCCCGGGCUCAACUACCAGUAACCGCUGCUGCAGAAGUGCGGAGUACCCUGGGGAAGCCAUCCUCCGCCACCUCCCGGUCUUCCAAACGUCUACCAGGGACACUGGUGGGCUAGCUUCUUUUUCGGGUAGUCCACUCUCCCAGUCAUGGCCACAGUGUUGGAGUCCCCAGAGCACUCGGAAUUGCCCCAGACCUCCACCAGCAGGAUCACCUGUGACCUGGCUCAGGGAAGUAGCAGCCUGGCGGCCAGCCUGGCAAAACCAGCUCCGGGCCCCCGUCCUGAGUGGCUGCCACUAGCUGCCAGGCUUCCUUCCAAGGCGCUAGGCUCC